AUGGCGGCGGCUGCGCGCGCGCUGCGGGUCCUUCCCCGUGCCCUGCAUGUCCCCAGUGCCACCCGGCAGCUCCACACCACCCCCGCCUGCCUCAAGACACGGGCGGCUCGGGUGCGUGUGGGCAAGGGGGACAAGAUGGUGACCUACGAGCAGGCACACGCCCCACACUACAUCGGCCACCGCAAGGGGUGGCUGUCCCUGCACACCGGGAACCUGUGUGGCGAGGCGGGCGCGGCACAGCGGGCGGUCGAGGACACGUUCCUGCGGCGGUUCCUGUUCGGGACCUUCCCGGGGCUGCUGGCGGAUGAGGUGGUGCUGAAGCGCCGCGGGAACCUGCUGGUGAUCUGUGCCCUGCUGGGCCGGGCGCUGCCACCCUACAAGCUCUACUUCCUGCUGGGCUACGCCGAGACCCUGCUGGGCCACUUCUACAAGUGCCCCGUGCGCCUGGAGCUGCAGACGGUGCCCGCCCGCGUGCCCUACAAGUACCUGUAGGGCUGGGAAUGAUCCUGUAAACAUCCCACAGGGAAUGCCCUAUAAACACCCCUGAAGGAACGCUCUGGGAUAUCCUCACUGUGCCCUACAAGUACCUGUAGGGCUGGGAAUGAUCCUGUAAACAUCCCACAGGGAAUGCUCUAUAAAUGAAGGAACACUCUGGGAUAUCCCGGCUGUGCCCUGCAAGUGCCUGUAGGGCUGGGAAUAAACCUAUGAACCUCUCACAGGGAAUGCCCUAUAAAUGUC